CGGUGCCCAGGCCAGGCUUCCAACGCGGGCUUCAUCUGGUGGCAUUUGUCUCAGUUCAUUUCUCCCGGGACGAGACCCCCGCACUAUCCUGGUACCAGAGCGGGAGCUGGACUGGGCCAAGGUGAUGGUGGAGAAGAGCAGGAAGGGGAUGGUGCCCCCAGGCACCCAAGUGGAACAACUGCUGUAUGCCAAGAAGCUGUAUGACUCGGCUUUCCACCCUGACACCGGGGAGAAGAUGAAUGUCAUCGGACGGAUGUCCUUUCAGGUCCCUGGUGGCAUGAUCAUCACGGGCUUCAUGCUCCAGUUCUACAGGACGAUGCCGGCGGUCGUCUUCUGGCAGUGGGUGAACCAGUCCUUCAAUGCUUUAGUCAACUACACCAACAGGAAUGCGGCUUCCCCCACGUCCGGCAGGCAGAUGGCCCUUUCCUACAUCACAGCCACAACCACUGCGGUGGCCACUGCUGUGGGCAUGAACAUGUUGACAAAGAGAGCUCCACCCCUGGUGGGCCGCUGGGUGCCCUUUGCUGCAGUGGCUGCUGCUAACUGUGUCAACAUCCCAAUGAUGCGACAGCAGGAACUCAUCCAGGGCAUCUGCGUGAAGGACACGAAUCACAAUGAGAUUGGUCAUUCCCGGAGAGCUGCGGCCAUAGGCAUCACCCAGGUGGUUAUUUCUCGGAUCACCAUGGCAGCCCCUGGCAUGAUCUUGCUGCCAGUCAUCAUGGAAAGGCUGGAGAAACUACAUUUCAUGAAGAAGGUCAAGAUCCUGCAUGCUCCAUUGCAGGUUAUGCUGUGUGGGUGCUUCCUCAUCUUCAUGGUGCCAGUGGCAUGUGGCCUCUUCCCACAGAAAUGUGAAUUGCCAGUUGCGUAUCUGGAACCAGAGCUGCAAGACACUGUCAAGACCAAGUAUGGAGAACUUGGGCUUUCCGUCUACUUCAAUAAGGGUCUCUAAAUGCCCCAACCCAGCAAGGGCCAGUCUAUACCCAGAUUCACCAGCUCCUCCUUAGCUGCUGUGUAGAACCUGUGCCCUCAUUCUUCUUUGCCAACAGGGCCUGAAGGCCAGUGUGGACUCGUGGGGGAGGAUGGGGAGCAGAGUGAGGAUGCCCCAUGCUUCUACCCAGGCACUUCAUUUAUUGGGCUCCCGGGGAUAAAAGUGAACAGGGGGAGAAAGACCAAGACUUCUAUCUGCUGCCCCCUUACUUCCCAUCCCCUGGAGACCAGAAGCAGAGCCUCCCCCCCCCCCAGGGGGAAGUUGCUGGGAUCUGAGGGAGACAUUCAAGUAAACCAAUGGGAAAAAUUAGGAAACCUUUGGGAUUCUGGUUCCAGCCAGGAUUGGGGAAGAGCCCCUGGGACAAAGAGAAGCUCCCAUACCUCUUUCCUCUUCCCUUCCUGGUCCGCUUCCCUCAAGCUAUGGAACCUCUAACCAGGUAAUUCUAGCGAACUCAGGAAAUGGGAGGUGCUAGUCUGUGUCACCUUGGGGCUCAUCUCCGCUCCUCCCGUUUUCCUCCCCAUUGUCCCCAUCAGAAAGGUUCUCUGGGAGUCCUGCUUACCUUGAGUUUAUCAGGCACCCUGGAGUUCUUAGUGCUAAAAAAGGUCAUUGUGUGAGGCAGCAGAGUUUCAGGGUGCUUUAGGCCCUGUCUAUUGACACUGACUUUGUUCUCCUGCUCUGAAAUCAUGUCUGAUUUUACUUCUCUGUGUUUCAAAGAUCAUUCCACUGUGAUUAAGCAGGAUGUAGGUAAGCAUUAACCACACAUUUUAAUGGGUAUAAUUUCCUGGCUGCUCCCUUCCUCAGCUCAUUGGGUUAAACACCAAAGAAAGAUGGUGUGUACUGACUAGGAAAGGGAAGUUUUAUUUGGAUGCCUCUAAGAAGAAAUCAGCGAGGACCAAAGAGCCUUAAAGGACACACAAUAAAGCAUAGCCACUUGCCCUUCCCAACUCAGCUGCUGUCGGUGAUUUCUCAAGCUCCCUGGGAGACUGUUGUGGCUUACGUGGGGGUCCAUGUCUGUAUGAGUUUUGUCUAAUAGAAUUUACUGACUGUUCAAAGGAUAUCACUGUGAAUCGAAUAAAUUUCUUGAAAGAGCACAAUGAACUGUCUGCAGGCUGAGUUAAUAAUGCAUGGAUGAAAAGCAAGUUCUGGUCUUACUUUGGUCUUGGCAUGGAGGAAUGUAUCGCAAGUCUAAGGGGAACCUGCCAGUCUAAAGCCUGGAGGCCAUUGUUUUUGUUUUUUAUAAGAACUU